AUGCUAUCUCACGCCGACCUCCUGGACGCCCGGCUCGGAAUGAAGGACGCCGCCGAGCUGCUGGGCCACCGGGAGGCGGUCAAGUGCCGCCUGGGCGUCGGAGGCUCGGAGCCCGGCGGCCACCCGGGCGACCUGGCGCCCAACUCGGACGCGGUGGAGGGGGCCACGCUGCUGCCCGGCGAGGACAUCACCACGGUGGGCUCGACGCCCGGCGCGCUGGCCGUGAGCGCCAAGGACCCCGACAAGCAGCCGGGCCCGCCGGGCGGGCAGAACCCCGGCCAGGCCGGCCAGCAGCAGGGCCAGCAGAAGCAGAAGCGGCACCGGACGCGCUUCACGCCGGCGCAGCUCAACGAGCUCGAGCGCAGCUUCGCCAAGACGCACUACCCGGACAUCUUCAUGCGCGAGGAGCUGGCCUUGCGCAUCGGCCUCACCGAGUCCCGGGUCCAGGUCUGGUUCCAGAACCGGCGGGCCAAGUGGAAGAAGCGCAAGAAGACGACCAAUGUGUUCCGCGCCCCGGGCACGCUUCUGCCCACGCCGGGCCUGCCCCAAUUCCCAUCCGCUGCCGCGGCCGCGGCCGCCGCCAUGGGCGACAGUCUGUGCUCCUUCCACGCCAACGACACGCGCUGGGCCGCGGCCGCCAUGCCAGGGGUGUCGCAGCUGCCCCUGCCGCCGGCGCUGGGCAGGCAGCAGGCCAUGGCGCAGUCGCUGUCUCAGUGCAGCCUGGCGGCGGGGCCUCCACCCAACUCCAUGGGCUUGUCCAACAGCCUGGCGGGCUCCAACGGCGCCGGCCUGCAGUCGCACCUCUACCAGCCCGCUUUCCCCGGCAUGGUGCCCGCCUCCCUGCCCGGCCCCAGCAACGUGACGGGUUCGCCGCAGCUUUGCAGCUCCCCGGACAGCAGCGACGUGUGGCGAGGAACCAGCAUCGCCUCCCUCCGCCGAAAGGCACUAGAGCACACAGUCUCCAUGAGCUUCACCUAA